AGGAAAAGAAAAUUUUGGAAAAUUCCUCUCUGACUCACAAAGGGGACCAGAUAAUUGUCAGUAGACCACAUGCCGGGGAGAAACAUCCCCCUUUAGUUCUGUCGAAGGGUCGUGAGGACUCGAAACGUCAACUCUUUUCUUCUCCGCCGAUGCUGCCAGACCUGCUGAGUUUUUCCAGGUCUCUGAAGAAAUUAAGCGAGGACAGUUUGACCAAACAGCCAGAAGAGGUCUUCGAUGUGUUGGAGAAACUUGGUGAAGGGUCCUAUGGUAGUGUGUUCAAAGCCAUUCACAAAGAAUCAGGCCAAGUGGUGGCUAUCAAGCAGGUCCCGGUGGAAUCAGACUUGCAGGAGAUUAUCAAAGAGAUCUCCAUCAUGCAGCAGUGUGACAGCCCUCAUGUGGUCAAGUACUAUGGAAGCUAUUUUAAGAAUACAGACUUGUGGAUAGUUAUGGAAUACUGUGGAGCCGGUUCAGUAUCAGACCUUAUUCGAAUAAGGAAUAAAACGUUAACAGAAGACGAGAUCGCCACAAUUUUACAAUCGACACUGAAAGGGCUGGAAUAUCUACACUUCAUGAGGAAAAUCCACAGGGAUAUCAAAGCUGGAAACAUCUUGCUCAAUAACGAGGGACAUGCCAAACUGGCUGACUUUGGAGUUGCUGGUCAGCUUACUGAUACAAUGGCCAAGAGGAACACGGUGAUUGGAACUCCAUUCUGGAUGGCGCCUGAAGUAAUCCAAGAAAUUGGUUACAACUGCGUGGCAGACAUCUGGUCCUUGGGGAUUUCAGCAAUUGAAAUGGCAGAAGGAAAACCACCGUAUGCAGACAUUCAUCCGAUGAGGGCUAUUUUCAUGAUUCCCACGAACCCACCUCCAACAUUCCGGAAACCAGAACUCUGGACGGAUGAAUUUACGGAUUUUGUAAAGCAGUGUUUAGUUAAAAAUCCAGAACAAAGGGCUGCUGCCACACAGCUGCUGCAGCAUCCCUUCAUUAAAAGUGCCAAACCCGUGUCGAUUCUGCGAGAUCUGAUCAAUGACAUGAUGGAAAUUAAAUUGAAACGUCAGGAGGAGCAACAGCGAGACUUGGAUCAGGAUGAUGAGGAGAACUCGGAGGAAGAUGACAUUGACUCGGGCACCAUGGUCCGAGCGAGUGCUGAUGACACAGGGACCAUGAGAGCUGCCAGCACGAUGAGUGAAGGUGCGCGGACGAUGAUCGAGCACGACAGUUCUACGCUGGACUCUCAGAUGGGAACCAUGGUGAUCAACAGUGGAGAGGACGAAGAGGAUGGAACAAUGAAAAAGAAUGAGGAGACCAUGCAGCAAAGCAAACCAUCCUUCCUGGAGUAUUUUGAACAGAAGGAAAAAGAGAACCAGGCAAACACCCACAGUAAUCGGAACGCACAAGCACUUCAGAACUCCUCCGAUAACUGGAAGGUACCGCAAGAUGGGGACUUUGAAUUCUUGAAGAGUUGGACUGUCGAAGAGCUACAGAGAAGGCUCAGCUCACUGGACCCCACAAUGGAGCAGGAGAUUGAAGAGAUUCGUCAGCGCUAUCAGGCUAAGAGGCAACCAAUCCUGGAUGCCAUCGAUGCCAAAAAACGACGGCAGCAGAACUUCUAAGACUCCAGGGAGAGUUCCCACCACCAGGACGAUGUGCUGAGUUCAUCUUCGCAAGCGUUAAAGAGUCUGUGAGGAAACAUUAUUUGUGGAGCAUGUGCGCAUGCGCACACACUCGCGCGCUCUCUCUCUCACUCACUGUCUCUCUCUCUCUCUCACACACACACACUCUCUCUCAUAUGCAUUCUUUCACACACACAUUCUCUCUCUCACGUGUGCGCACACUCACAUGCACGCAUUC